UGAGAGCGCUGGUGCAUGUGCGAGCGUGGCACUACAGUGAAGGACCCAGUGAAACUGUGAGCGCGUGGCUCCGAAAAUCAUUGUCAUUGGCAUGCUGAUUGGAGCCCUUGGUGUUUGUGUGCGACUUCGCUGUCUGUUCCGAGAACUAUUGGCAACGACUUGGGAGAAGGUGUAUAAGAAUGGCGAGCAUCAACGACUUUGAAAGACAAGACAGGACAUCCCUCGCUUCCUUCUUCAGGUCCCAGCUUCGAGCAAUCUUGCUUGACUCCACCUCGCCCUCUCUCUUCUCAAGGUCACUUCAUACAGACAUAUAGUUCACCAUGAAGACUGCCAUUCUCACCUUCGCUCUGGCGACUCUCGCCUCGGCCGCACCAGCACCUCUCGUUCCCCGCGCGCCACCGGGUGUUCCUACCACCGCUGCGGCAAAGACCCAGCUCGCUGGCCUCACCGUUGCUGCCCAAGGUCCUCAGACCGGCUACUCUCGUGACUUGUUCCCCCACUGGAUCACACAGUCAGGCUCCUGUAACACCCGUGAGGUCGUCCUCGCACGUGACGGCACCAAUGUCGUCCAAGACUCUUCUUCUUGCGCUGCUACCUCCGGAACAUGGAAGAGCCCCUACGACGGCGCUACAUGGACCGCCGCCAGCGACGUCGACAUCGACCACAUGGUUCCCCUGAGCAACGCCUGGAAGUCCGGCGCCUCGUCAUGGACCACAGCCCGUCGCCAGGCCUUCGCCAACGACCUGACCAACCCCCAGCUUCUUGCUGUUACGGAUAAUGUGAAUCAAGCCAAGAGCGACCAGGGACCUGAGGACUGGAAGCCCCCGCUAACAAGCUACUACUGCACUUAUGCGAAGAUGUGGGUCCGGGUCAAGAGCGUGUAUAGUCUUACGAUUACGAGUGCGGAGAAGACGGCGUUGACGAGUAUGUUGAACACUUGCUAG